AUGAAACGAAAAACAUUAUUGCUUGAAGCAGAUAUUAUUCAGUAAAUUAAGAGUGCUUUUAAUCUUAAUUAACUUGAAAUCACUGAACUUAUGACCUAAGCUAAACGAUAUGAUCCUAAGGGUACUGGAUAUAUCAGCAAAACUGAAGUUGAUGAUAUUAUGAGAGGCAUCUAACUUAUUUUACAAUUUAGAUCUUAAAUUACUUAAUAAUGAA